UUGUCGGAUACUGCUAUGUAUCGAAGGAACCUUGCCGACCAUAAUCUUUAGCCCACAUCAAAAGUUCUCUAACGGACGAUUCGCAGUUGCACGUGCGUACCCAGCGUGACGGAGGACCGGCCGCGUGCGGUUGGAUUUUCGGACAAAUAGCUUUUAGCGGAAUCUGGCAGGUAUCCGCGUGCGAAUCUAUCUGUACAAUUUGACAUGUUCUACCAUCGGGAAAGGUGACAUUUACAAGACGCAAAGAACUCACCCGAAACCACGCUCACCAUAACCCACUAUCCUUCACGGUCUCGAAUUUAUCGCAAUGGCAGACAAGCUUGACGAUGUGCGGCCUAUGUUCGAGCUGCGAGGCCGAAACUACUUGGUUACCGGUGGUGCACAGGGUAUCGGGUUUGCUGGGACACGAGCUAUUGCCGAGUUGGGAGGCAAUGUGGCUGUUUUGGAUAUCCAGGAUAAACCGGUCGAAGAGUUCAACAGCCUUGCUUCGAAAUACAAUGUCAAGACUUUCUACUUCAAGACAGAUCUCACACAACAAGAGAGUCUAAAUGCGGGAUUCGACAAAGCACUUGAGGCACUUGGAUCAAUUGACGGCUGUGUGCCUGCAGCGGGCAUCGCUAUUGACAAACCCUUCGUCGACCAGACCUGGGAUGAGUUUACGCGCAUCCAGGAUAUCAAUGUCCGGGGCACAUUCUUCAUCGUCCAACGGGUGACGAAGCAAAUCAUCAAGCAAGGGACCGCUGGCAGUAUUGUGCUUAUUGCUUCGCAAUCAUCACACAUUGGUCUGCCAGGAUACCGAAUGGCAGCAUAUAAUGCAUCCAAGGGCGGCAUCCUCAUGCUAUCCAAAGCGCUUGCAGUGGAGCUAGCGAAGCACAAUAUCCGAGUCAACACCAUCUCCCCGGGGUUUGUUGAUUCAGAGAUGACACGCAACGUGCGUGCGUCCAAAAGCAAGAGAGAAGGAGAUCAGAUGUGGCUCGCUCCCCCAUUGCAGCGACUGAGCACCCAGAACGACUUGACUGGCGCUAUUAUCUAUCUUCUUAGUGACGCUUCAAGACACACAACCGCGGCGGAUAUCCAAAUCACUGGGGGUCUUCAUGCUGGGACCAUUGACGGAGUCAUCAGCCCACCAUCAUGAAUUCCUGUCUAAAUUGCAUCAGAUUCCGGGCAGAUAGAAAUUUCAUAUCAAACGUGUUCC